AUGCCUGACUAUAAAGCGAAAUUCAAUCAAUCAUUAUUCAAUAAAUUGGAUAGUAAUGGAAAUUCAGUAAAAACGUGGCUGAAGCAAGGCUCAUCGGAAACAACAUUUAUUCGUAUAAUAUGCCGUACUAGUGAUCUAGACUGUUCUAGCAAAGGCUGGAAAGCUGUUGAACAGCACAUGCAAAAUGAAAAACUCAAAAAUAAUUUAAAUGCUCUGAAGAAUAAUUCAAAACUUACCUUUUCAAUAUCGGUAACAACAUCUUCUACUUCGUCUACACAUACUAUUCAACUAAUUGAUCCUCAUAAACCUUUGCUAUUCGAUGAUCAAGAAUCACAAACUGAAAUUUUAUGA